AUGUCUCCUAUCGCUAUCCACCCAGUCAACGAAACAGCUGCUUUCCCAGAAGGCUAUGCAACCCAACCCGAGAGAAAAAGCACUUAUAAAAUCGCACAAAUCGGCGCUGAUGGUAUCGGCCCUGAAGUCAUCGAAGCGGGUGUGCAAGCCGUCCACGCAGUAGCUAAGAAAGUCGGAACUUUCAAGGUGGAUUUCUCCGAGCUGGAUUGGUCUUCAGACAGAUACAAGAAGACUGGCAGCUACGUACCUGCAGAUUACAUAGAGAUUUUGAAGAAACAUGACGCUAUCUUCUUCGGUGCAGUAGGUGCUCCCGAUGUCCCUGACCACAUCUCCUUGUGGGGCUUGAGAAUCGCAAUCUGUCAACCUUACAUGUAUGCCAAUGUGCGACGAACCAAAGUCCUGCCGGGUACCAGCUCUCCCCUCAAGAACCUCCAGCCGGGACAGUUGGAUUGGUGUAUCAUCCGAGAGAACUCAGAAGGUGAAUAUGCUGGUCACGGUGGAAGAUCUCACAGAAGUCUGGAUCAUGAAAUCGGUACCGAGGUCACGAUUUUCACUCGAACUGGAAUUCGACGAAUCGCCAGAUACGCUUUUCAAGUCGCUCAAUCUAGACCUCGAAAGCUAUUAAAUUACGUUACCAAGUCAAAUGCGAUGAGAAAUGGUAUGGUACUCUGGGAUGAAGUCAUCAAUGAAGUCUCAAAGGAAUUCCCUGAUGUUACCAUGGAUCAUAUGCUUGUCGACGCGAUGACCGUACGAAUGACAUUGCACCCUGACUCCCUCGACACUAUCCUCGCCACCAACCUCCAUGCCGAUAUCCUCUCCGAUCUAGCAGCCGCUUUGGCCGGAUCAAUCGGAAUAGCUCCUACGGCCAAUAUCGACCCAUCUAGAACUAUGCCUUCCAUGUUCGAGCCCAUUCACGGAUCAGCAUUCGAUAUCACUGGCAUGGGCAUCGCAAAUCCCGUAGGAACAUUCUGGAGUGCUUGUGAAAUGCUCGAUUGGCUUGGUGAACAUGAAGCUUCGAAGGUCCUCAUGAAAGCCGUCGAACAAACUUGUGCCGAUGGCAUCACGACAAAAGAUUUAGCUUUGUGA